AUGGAAAUCUGGGAAUUGUUUGUGGUGGCACUGAUGCCAGUUCUCAAAACACUCCUCAUAGCAAUAAUUGGCCUUUUCCUCGCCGUAGAUCGUGUCAAUAUCUUGUGUGCAGCUGCGCGUCACCAUUUAAACAACCUUGUGUUCUACAUCUUUUUUCCUGCACUUAUUGCUAGCGGCCUGGUUAAUUCAAGUACAGAGAUCAGCAUACUUUCUUUGUGGUUUACACUAGUGAGUAUCCUUCUUGCAUUUAUUAUUGGUUCGGCAUUUGGGUGGAUUCUUGUCAAAGUCACUGGUGCUCCUAAACAAUUGCAUGGCCUUGUUAUUGGUUGCUGUGCGGCAGGUAAUUUGGGAAACUUGCCAGUCAUUAUCAUCCCAGCAACCUGUGAAGAAAAAAAUAAUCCAUUUGGAGAUUCGUCUACUUGCUUGAAAAAUGGCAUGACUUAUGUUUCCCUCUCUAUGUCGAUUGGGGCUGUUUUUGUUUGGUCUUAUGUUUAUAACAUAAUAAGGGCAUAUGGGAGGAAGGAUGACCUUCACAUGAAGAUAAACUCGACAAUUAAUGAACAGCAGUGUGAUAAAGGCUCAGAAAUAUUCUCAGGCGGCAGUACAGAAGCUCUGUUAUCUAAUAGUAUUCCAUGCUAUGAGGUCCAUGAAGCUCCAGUUGAGCAGCUUCUUGGAAGCUCUGAGGACAAAACUAAGGUCACAAUAUUUAAGAAGAUAAAUCUGCAGGUGAAUAAGUUGUUGAGAAUUGUUGACUUGACGAUCCUUUUGAGACCUCCAACCAUUGCAACGAUUGUUGGCCUUACCAUUGGAUUUGUCACACCAAUUCAUCAUUUUAUGGUUGGUGAUAAUGCUCCUCUGCGUGUGAUUGCAAAUUCUGUCUCUUUGCUGGGGGAAGCAGCGAUACCAUCCAUGACUUUGAUAAUGGGAGCAAAUCUUCUAAGAGGUUUCAGAAGAUCGAGAUUGAGCUUGUGGCUCAUCAUAGGGAUAACUGUAGUUAGGUUUAUUAUCUUGCCUCUUUUUGGAGUCCUGAUUAUUAAAGCUGCAAAAUUGUUUGGCAUGGUGGGAUCAGAUCCGUUAUAUCACUUUGUUCUUCUGCUUCAGUAUGCAGUUCCACCGGCAUUGGCCAUAGGUACAAUAACACAGUUGUUUGAAGUUGGAGAGACUGAGUGCUCAGUUAUUAUGUUCUGGAAUUAUAUCGCGGCAUCGAUUGGGCUGACGUUAUGGUCAACUUACUACAUGUGGAUUUUAUCUUAA